AUGGAGUCUCUUUAUCUACAUUCGAGUUUUCCGUGGGCAACUACCAAACUGUCACUCUUUGGCACCAUUGUCUCUGCCGUUGCUCUGGGUACCAUUCUUUACCUGGUCAACCCCGGAAAGCCUCGAGACACUGCCACCCAGAACCUGCCUCCGAGUGCCCCUAACCGUCUACCAAUCCUAGGCCAUCUCCUAUUCUUCGUGAAGCCAGACUACCUUCCCGAAUUGUUUCGUCAAUGGAGUUUUAUCGUUGGUCCUGUCUACACUGUCUACCUUGGCAGAAAACGGUGGGUUAUUCUCAACUCUGCCGCCGCCGUAAAAGAUCUUAUUGUCGAUCGAGGAAGCAUAUACUCAUCUAGAGAUCUUCCCGAUAUAAUGGUCAACACUCUCAUGAAUGGAGUCGACAAGGGUGGUGGAUUUGCAUUCUUUCCUUAUGGAAAACAGUGGCGAAAUCUUAGACGUAUUGCUCACUCUGGUCUAAUCUUGAAGAAAAUUGAUCUUUAUCAGCCUAUAUUGAACGAUCGACGAAAGGUUUUGCUAGGAAACAUCUCUCGUGCGAUCGAUGAUACAAAGGCCAUCUCACUCACAAAAUACAUUGAACACUUUGCGAUGACCAAUAUCCUGACCAUUGCAUUUGCGGAUCUGUGCUCAUUUGAGCCAGGUGAUCCUAAGCUCCACGAGGUUUUCUCGAUUACCGAGCGGUCUGCGACUCUGCUUGGCCCUAGCGAGCAGCUGGUCGAGUUCUUUCCUAUCCUCAAGUAUAUUCUGCCCAACCAUAUAAAGAAGUUCCAGGACCUUCGCCAAGAAAUCCUUGACUUUUAUGGAGAUCUGCUGAGAGAAUUCAAGGCCAGGCUCAAAAAGGAUCCUAGCAAGGUCAAGGAUUGUUUUAUGAAGGAGAUUCUUGCCAUGGAUGUCUUGACAGAUAUCCAGUGUAUGUACUUUAUUGCUCUGUUUGUUGGCGCUGGAUCAGAGACAAUAACCUCUACAUUGGAGUGGAUGCUGGUACUCCUGGCUAAUAAUCCUGAGUUUCAAGACAGAGCUUUUGCAGAGAUUGAACAGAACGUUGGUUUGGACCGUCUUCCAACUGCUGAAGAUGAACACAAAUUGCCAUUUAUCCAAUGUAUCAUUCACGAGACACUCCGUAUUCGUUCUCCUGCGCCUAUUUCUGUACCUCACUCGACCAGUAAAGAUGACGUGUACAAUGGAUCAUUCAUUCCCGAAGGCACAACCGUGGUAAUCAACGUACAUGCCAUUCACCUCGAGGAAAGCAAAUACCCUGAUGCCAAAAAGUUCCUUCCUGACCGUCACAUGGACUAUGUGCUGGAUAAUGAAAAGAAACUCUUUUCGAGUCAAUCGGUCGAAGGCCGGCCACACAUUGGGUUCUCGGCCGGCAGAAGAGCCUGUGUUGGGAUUCACUUGGCUGAACGGACUUUGUUUACUGUGGCAGCUGGUAUCCUGGCAUGUUUUCGGAUAGAGCGCGAAACAGACGAAUUGCUCAAUGAUUACACUCCAAAAGAUAAUCGCGCAGCCACAUUUGCACCAACUCCGUAUAAAGUGCGCCUCGUUCACAGACACAAGGGUGUCUCGAAUUUGGUCUGA